AGCUGACAAAUCAAACUUAACAUAUCAUUUUAAUAAUAUUUGCAGCUCCAUGGAAUUAAUAACAUGGGCUACCUUCUUUUUCUACUGUACAAUUGGUUUUGGCACCAGACUUGGGGCAAGAGCAACUCUGGAGCCAAAAUCUCCAAAAUCUCAGGGAUCAGAGGCAGAAGCUCUUCUAAAAAGUGGGUGGUGGAGUGACCUUUCCCGCAAAUCUACACAUCAUUGUGGCUGGCCCGGUGUAACAUGCGAUGGUACUGGAAGCGUCACUGAGAUUCAUUUAUCAGAUUCUCCUCUCAAUGUGACAGAAAAGUUUGAAAAAAUGAACUUUUCUUGCCUCCCCAACCUUGUUCGGCUUGAUCUCAGCAGUCUAAGAAUCCAGGGGAGCGUCCCAUCUCAAAUUGGUGCUCUUCCAAGUCUCAAGCACCUAAAUCUGUCCAAUAAUAAUCUAACAGGUGCGUUACCUUCAUCACUUGGAAAUCUCACUCAAUUAAUGGUGCUUGACAUUUCUUUCAAUGAAAUUGAUUCCAUCCCCACAGAACUAGAGGGUUUGAAGAAUCUUGUCUCCUUGAAUUUGACUAGGAAUUACUUUGUGGGAUCGAUUCCUCCAACUCUAGGCCAUUUGACCAAUCUUGCAUACUUGCACUUGGCCUCAAAUCCUUUUCAUUGUAGCAUCCCUCCAAAAAUAUGGAACCUGAAAAAUCUCGUAGACUUAGACCUGAGCCAUUGCCAACUAAUUGGCACUAUCUCUUCUAAUAUCAGUAAUUUAACCAACCUGGUGUCUUUAUCUCUUUCAGAAAACGGUAUCAGUGGAUCUAUUCUUUCAGAAAUCAGGAAGCUAAAGAGUCUGGUUACUUUAGAUUUGUCUGGAAAUUUGCUUGAUGGUCCUAUACCUCCCUCCCUUGGUCAAUUAACCAAAUUAGUUACCUUGGAUCUGUCUGGAAACAAGCUUGAUGGUCCUAUACCUCCCUCCCUUGGUCAAUUAACCAAAUUAGUUACCUUGGUUCUAUAUGGAAACAAGCUUGAUGGUCCUAUACCUCCCUCCCUUGGUCAAUUAACCAAAUUAGUUACCUUGGAUCUAUAUGGAAACAAGCUUGAUGGUCCUAUACCUCCCUCCCUUGGUCAAUUAACCAAAUUACUUACCUUGGAUCUAUCUGAAAACAAGCUUGGUGGUCCUAUACCUUCCUCCCUUGGUCAAUUAGCCAAUUUAGAUGAUUUGUAUCUAUACAACAACAUGCUUGUUGGUCCGAUCCCUUCCUCUCUAGGUCAAUUAAGCAAUUUGUCAAUUCUGUCCAUUGGAUGGAAUAAAUUCAACAGCUGUAUUCCUCUAGAAUUUGGAAAUUUAAGGAAUCUCAUCUUUUUGAUUAUUGAGGCGGCCCAACUCGUAGGUCCACUUCCUCCAACUUUGGGUCAGUUAACAAAUUUGAGAUACUUAUUUCUUUCCGAAAAUCAAAUCAAUGGUUCCAUCCAUCUAGAACUACCGAACCUUACGAACUUGACUUACUUGGGUCUUAGUUUCAACAAAUUAACAGGUUCAAUUCCUGCAUCUUUAGGUCUCUUGUCUAAUUUGGUCUUUUUGUCCCUUGACUCAAAUAGUUUCGAGGGUUCCAUCCCACCGCAGUUAGGAAAUCUAAACAAUUUGCGACUACUGUCUCUUAGGGAGAACAACAUAACAGGUCCAAUCCCUCCCACUUUAUUUCAUUCAACUAAUUUGUGGAAGUUGUAUCUUGAUUCAAAUCUUUUAGAAGGUCUGAUACCUGCAGAUAUAGGGAAUUCAAAAUCUUUGGCAUAUUUGAACCUUUCCCAAAACAGAUUGAGUGGACCAAUCCCAACUCAGGUUGGGAAUUGCUCCAACUUGAAAGAGUUAUCGUUGAGCAGUAACCUUUUAAAUGGAAGUAUCCCGCCUCAGAUUAGCAAUCUCUCCAUGCUCUCUCUAAUUAAUGUCAGCCAUAAUUUCAUCAGUGGAGAAAUGCCUAGCCAACUUGGGGAUUUACCAAAUUUGGUGGCAUUAGAUCUCAGUUACAAUAAUCUUUCUGGCUCUAUUCCCCGUCUGCCACCUAGUUUGAAUGAGGAUAAAUUUAAUUUAUCGUACAAUUCUUUUACGGGUCAAGUCCCAAAUGACUUGCGUCGUUUUCUUCCAAGUUCUUUCGCUGGCAACAAGGAUUUAGAAAAUGAACAACUUACUGGCUCAACAUCACUCACUGAACAUAGAAAAACAAGCAGCAAAAAAUCGAGACAUGAGUCAUUAAUACAUAGAGCAAAAAGUAAGGAAGCAGAUCCGAGGCCAACAAAAAAUGGGGACAUAUUCUCAAUAUGGAACUUUGAUGGAAGGGUUGCAUACGAAGACAUCAUUGAAGCUACUGAGGAUUUUGACAUCAGAUACUGCAUUGGUACUGGUGGUUAUGGAAGUGUUUAUAGAGCACUCUUGCCAAAUGGCAAAGUAGUCGCUUUGAAGAAACUUCAUCGAAGGGAAGCAGAGGAUCCAGCUUUUGACAAGUGUUUUAAGAAUGAGAUUAAGAUGUUGACAGAAAUACGACAUAGAAACAUUGUGAAGCUUCAUGGAUUCUGUCUACACAGGAGAUGUAUGUUUUUGAUCUAUGAAUACAUGGAGAGAGGAAGCUUGUUUUGUGUACUUAGGGAUGAUGAAGAAGCUGUGGAGUUGGAUUGGAACAAAAGGGUGAAUGUCAUAAAAAACACGGCGGAUGCUUUGUCUUAUCUUCAUCAUGAUAGCAUCCCACCCAUCCUUCAUAGAGACAUAUCAGGCAACAACAUUCUAUUGGACUCGAAACUGGAGGCUUUUGUUUCUGACUUUGGAAAUGCUAGGCUUUUGGAUGCUGAUUCUUCCAAUCAUACCAUACUUGUCGGCACUUAUGGUUAUAUUGCCCCAGAACUUGCCUAUACGAUGACUGUGACUGAGAAGUGUGAUGUUUAUAGUUUUGGAGUUGUGGCAUUAGAAGUACUAAUGGGAAAGCAUCCUGGAGAACUACUGACAUUAUUAUCAUCACUCUCUUCCUUGCAAAAUGUGAUGCUAAGUGACAUAUUAGAUACGCGUCUAUCACCUCCAAGAAGCAAAAAUCUUACGCGAAAUAUUGUGCUUGCUGCUACAGUUGCAUUUGCUUGCUUGCGUGCAAAACCUCAGUCCAGGCCAACAAUGAAAUUUGUGUCUCAACAAAUUGUUGCCCACCAAGGACCAUUACGAAAGCCUUUUCCAGCUAUUUCUCUAUUGGAGUUAGUGAAUAGUGAUUUGGGGAUAGAAAAUGGAAGAGAAUCUCAAUUAGAAGUUUCAGGUCAUCCACAUAAGCAUCGUGCUUCUCCCUCAAAUUAGAUGCAAGCGAGUGUCCUCUGGGUCAUCCCAUUUUUACUUCUUUAUUUUUUUCUUUUUUCUUUUUUCUUUUUUUUUUUUUUUUAGUUUCUGUUUGUACCUUUUCAUGCAGCAAUUUUCUGUUUAGAUAUGUUUAAAUGGAAUUCGUGAGGAAAUUCUGGGACUCAAGAGGCUACAAUGUUUUGUAUCUAUCCCAAUAAGAAUAAUGGCACCAU